GAACAGUCACUCGUUCAGCCCAUUAACUUUUAUUAAGCUCCAGCCGUGGUCCCGGCACUGUGCUUUGAGCUAGGGAUGGAGGCCGAGGCAUCAGUUAUCCAGCAUUUAUUAAACGCUGACUGUGUGCCAUGUACUGUAAAGAAACAAUUGCUGCCCUUAAUGGGCUUACAUUUUAGUGGAGGCACAGGAGGGAAGGUCGUCUUAGAGGGAAAGGCAGUAGCCUAAGGAAAGAGCAAAGGAAUUGGAGUCAGGACUUGGCUGCAAAUCCUACCCCUGCGUACCCACACACUUACAUUAGCCGUGUGAUCUUUGAACCUCCAAAAUGCAGACCCCGAGCACUAGAUCUCUGCAUUUGAGUGAAUGGCAGAAGAAUUACUUUGAUAUCACCUCUGGCACCUGUACUCCAAGCCAGAAGGCAGAUGCCUUCCGUGCACAGAUUUUACGGAUUCAGUAUGCUCUGGCAAAUUCUGAGAUCUCCCAGGCUUGUGCUACCAAACUCUUCAGAAAAUAUGCAGACAAAUACUCUGCAAUUAUUGACUCUGACAAUGUAGAGACUGGCUUGAAUAACUAUGCAGAAAACAUUUUGACUAUGACAAGGUGCCAGCAAACUGACAGUGGCAAGUGGCAAUCUGGAUUAACAAUAAAUAAUGUUUUCAAAUUAAAUGGUGUGCAAGAGAUGAUGCAGGCUGGCAGAAAGUUCAAAGAUUCUUUGUUGGCACCAGCAGAUGCAUCAGUAGUAAUCCAUAAGGAGGUCAGUGCCUUUGGUUUUUCUACACCCAAACCUAAUUGUACAGAACAGAGAUUAGGCAUUCCAAAGACACCAGCAUCCUUGAUCCACCCUCAGAAUAGUCAACUGCCUAUCAUGACCAAAACUACAGAUGACUUUCCUGCAUCCUCAGUGCCUUUAGAUGAAGGGCCCAGUGCAAAGUUCCAUGUUACUCCAUUAUUUGGAAAUGUCCAAAUGGCAAGUGAUACUACAAAAGCCAACAUGGUGGCAUUAAACAUGUCAUCGAAUCAAACCUUUUUUCAUUCCGGGUGUGGAAAUCCUGGGAAGAAGAAGACACUGAUUGAUUCUGGCAGUGGUGGUACUGAAGCCCUUUCUAAUCCCACACUGAAUAAUACUCUUAGUAACACAGAAGCCAGUGGCCACAGGGCUGAGAAUAGCCUGUCCAGUUUUAAAACUGCAAAAGAACAACUGUGGAUAGAUCAGCAAAAGAAAGGCCACCAACCUCAGCGUGCACCAGGCUUUUCAUAUGGUGGAGUAAAAAAAUCUCUGGGAGCUGGCAGAUCUCGGGGAAUAUUUGGGAAGUUUGUUCCUCCCGUAGCCAGACAAGAUGGUAGAGAUGAGAAAGGAGGAACACAGUGUAAACCUCAUGGGGCUGUGUCUACAGAACCAGCUCAUCCAGUUGAUGAACGUUUGAAGAAUUUAGAGCCAAAAAUGAUUGAACUUAUUAUGAAUGAGAUCAUGGAUCAUGGACCACCAGUAAACUGGGAAGACAUAGCAGGAGUUGAAUUUGCUAAAACCACAAUAAAGGAGAUAGUUGUUUGGCCUAUGUUGAGGCCAGACAUCUUUACUGGAUUACGAGGGCCUCCUAAAGGGAUCCUGCUCUUUGGUCCUCCUGGAACAGGUAAAACCCUAAUUGGAAAGUGCAUUGCAAGUCAGUCUGGGGCAACAUUCUUUAGUAUCAGUGCUUCUUCCUUGACUUCUAAAUGGGUGGGUGAAGGAGAGAAAAUGGUUCGUGCCCUGUUUGCCGUUGCAAGAUGUCAGCAGCCAGCUGUGAUAUUUAUUGAUGAAAUUGACUCCUUGUUGUCACAGCGUGGAGAUGGUGAGCAUGAAUCUUCCAGAAGGAUAAAAACUGAAUUUUUGGUUCAGUUAGAUGGAGCAACCACAUCUUCUGAAGAACGUAUUUUAGUGGUGGGAGCAACUAAUAGGCCACAAGAAAUUGAUGAGGCUGCUCGGAGAAGAUUGGUAAAGAGACUAUAUAUUCCACUCCCAGAAGCUUCAGCAAGAAAGCAGAUAGUAAAAAAUCUGAUGGCCAAGGAGCACUUUGACCUUAGUGAAGAGGAAAUAUCCCUGAUUGUUAGGCAGUCUGAUGGGUUCUCUGGAGCAGAUAUGACACAGCUUUGCCGAGAAGCUUCUUUAGGUCCUAUCCGAAGUUUACAGACAAUUGACAUUGCCACAGUCACUCCGGACCAAGUUCGACCAAUAGCUUUUGUUGAUUUUGAAAAUGCUUUCCGAACUGUGCGUCCGAGUGUGUCUCUAAAAGAUUUGGAACUAUAUGAAAACUGGAAUAAAACUUUUGGUUGUGGAAAGUAAAUGAAUGAAAUGAAACUUGAGGCAACUAUGUAAUAUAUAUUUUCAAAACAUGGGAGCCAAGAAUAGUUUAUUUUUAGUAAAUUUGGAGCUCUUGGUAUUGCCUGCUCCUUAUCUACAUUUUUCAUGAUGAAAUAUCCUUUGUUCUUUUUUUGACGUAAAUACAUACUUUAAUUGUCUCUAAUCAUUAAAUGAUAGUUACCUUUACCGUUUAUGACCCAACCUCUAUUUCUGUUUUCUUCCCUCAGCAUGAUGGACUUUAAAAGAUAAAAAUAUUUAAUAUUAUAAUUUCAGGGGCGUGUGGAAUUUUGUUUUUGCUGCAGCUGCUAAAUGUUUGAAAAGAAAUAAAGUUUCUAUAGUAAAAAUAUGUAAUGAUAUCAAGGAAUGAUUUGGAAUUAGAACUAGUUCUGUAGUGUGACAUGAUAAAAAUAACGUUGAAGGUGGUGAGUACUUGUAAAAAUAUUUUGUGAUAUAGGAAAUUAAUCUUUGAUACUUUACAACCUGUUACAAUGUUUUCUUUCAGAAGUAAAUAUUUUGUAUAUCUUUUGUAA